AUGGCUUCACAUGAAGAACAAAUGCAUGACGCCAAAACAAUAUAUGAUACGAUAGCUGAAGAAUAUGUUGAACUGAGUAAGACAAGCGGUUUGAAAAAGGAUGUGAUAGAAUACACAUUUUUCAAUUAUAUGCUUAUACCUAAUGAAUGUAGUACGACUUCUACCGAUAAUUUUACAUUAAGGUCUAAACGUAUUCUCGACUUAGGCUGUGGUGAUGGACAUUAUACGAGAAAAUUAAAAGAUUUAAAUUGUUCUUAUAUACUGGGCGUUGAUAUAAGUGCAACAAUGAUUAAUAUGGCCAAAGAAAAAGAAUUAAAUGAUCCAAAGGGUAUCGAUUAUUUAUGUGCGAAUGGUGCAAUAUUAUCCAAACCACGAGACGAUGAUAGAUAUGAUAUUGUAACAGGUCUUCAUUAUAUACACUAUUCAAAAACAUAUGAAGAAUUAAAACAAAAGAUUAAAGUUAUCUACGAACAACUGAAACCAAAUGGAACAUUUUAUUCAAUAAGUACAAAUGUUUGUGGUGGUAUGGAAGUAUAUAACAAUGAUAAACAUAAAAAGUAUGGUUUUAAGACCGAAACUGAUGGUGAAUUAAAAGACGGUUCAGAAAUUAAACAUACAUUUUAUCACGAUGUUAGUAGACCAUCAAAAUGUAUAUUUUAUUGUUAUUAUUUCUCACCAAAAACUUAUGAAAAUUUUUUUAAUGAAGCUGGUUUCAAAUCGUUACAAUGGAUUCCAGCACAACCUGAUCCCAAAGUAGAAGAUAAAACGUUCUAUGAUGACUUCAAACGGUAUCCAUCUAUUGUUGGUAUGGUAGCUAAAAAGUAA